AUGAAAUUGGUUGUUCUUGUUGUCUUUACGAUAUUCUCAACUGUCCACUCGCUAAAUAUCCUUAUCGCAAACACAGACCAUUGGGUUGCCAAAAACUCGCGCUUCUUGAAAAGCUAUCUUGAGAAACACGGUCACCAAGUGAAGCUAGUAUCGUCGUCCCUGUCUGAUUCCAACUCGCUUCCGGUGUACUCCAAUCAACUUGAUAAUUAUGGUCCGUAUGAACAUUUGUUGCCGGUUCAUCAAAGCUACUUCCAAAGGAAACAACAUCUUACCCAUGAAAGACCGAAGAAGGUUGUGUUUGAGAGAGACAGCCACGUAUUCCAAUCAAACCAAUACGGACAGGAUCCAUUGGACAAGGAUUGCUGGUAUGUCAGCUCCAACCCAUUCAACAGUUUGCAAGUCGCAUUGAAUGUUAUUCUCCCAAACUACUAUCCCUCUUUCACUCCAGAUUUGGUUAUUGUUGGUCCAAACGAAGGAACUCAGAAUCAGUAUUUGGUAGACACUAUGUUGAAGGCAGUCCAUGCUAAAAACAUCUCGGGCCUCGCCGUGACAACAGAAGACUCGCAUGAUGUGUACUACCUAGACGAAAAGUAUUUCCAUGUUGGCGGGUCGUAUCACCAUCAAUUGAAGAAGUACAAUGUGUUUACCAAGAAUAUCAGGUUUGUAAACAAACAGAUUGGCAAGCUUGUCAAAAAAUUGGCUUGGGAUCAGUUAAUCGGGUUGGAUGUAAAGAUUCCAUCUAUUAAUUUCGAGGAGUCACAUUUUUUGACAAGCGAGCACCUGAAAUUGAAGUUGAAGAAAGUGCAUUCUGGUAAUGACGAAGCAGUUGGGUACAAGUUUGAAUUUGCAACGGAAACGGAAGACAGCGGGUUUGUUAAAAUCACCGAUGUCAGUAUGAAUGUCGAACCACCACUAGAGACUAGGGAACAAGAGUACUUUGAAGCUGAUACCGCUCAACAAGAGAUAAUCAAUGGGUUAUUGGAUUGUAAUAUUGUUGUGAAUGUAAAAUAUGGGGAAGUGAGUAAUUUGUGA